AUGCAGCUACGCACUAUCCUGCUGGCUGUUGUAGCCUCUGCUCUUACCACCACGUGCGGUGCUUUUACGGCCGAAGAUGUGGGCCUUGUCACGCUCUCCAAGAGCGGUUUAACCGACCACAAGGCAACGGAUCAACGUGCCGAGCGGCGCUUGAGAAAACACGACACCGUUGGUGACGAGAAUGAAAUAAAUCAAGACUCACAAGACGAGGCGAGAGGUUUGCAAGUACCGCCGUGGUUAGCCAACAUUGUCGGGAAUCUAGACGAUGUUGAGAAAGCACUCACCAAGUUGACCAAGGGACAAUCGAAUCUGGAGAUCACAAAACACUACGACACCCUUGUAAAGGAUAUCGCGGACUCGUUUGUAAAGCUGGAGCGCGUGGGGUAUACUCCAACUAAACUACAAAAUGCCAUCAAGAACAAAGAAAUGGUCGUUGAAAACCCUCAUUUGUUUCUCGAGGCUUUUCAGACGUAUUGGAGGACAGUUCCGCGGCUGAAACCACUUGCAUAA